AUGGUUACAGGAAAAGCAGGAAAGAGUGGAUUUGGAUCAGCUUCAACAGCUGAAGAUGUCACCCACUCCAUUGAUGCCAAACAUCUCACUGCCAUCAUCACAGGUGGAACAAGUGGGAUUGGGUUGGAAGCAGCAAGAGUGUUGGGAAUGAGAGGAGCUCAUGUCAUUAUCGCCGCAAGAAACACAAAAGCUGCUAAUGAAUCUAAAGAGAUGAUUCUUGAGAUGUACCCUAAUGCACGCAUCGACUGUCUUCAGCUUGAUCUCUCUUCCAUCAAAUCCGUCAGAUCCUUUGUACAUCAGUUUCUUGCCCUUAAUUUCCCUCUCAAUAUACUCAUAAACAAUGCAGGUGUUAUGUUUUGUCCUUUCCAGCUCACUGAAGAUGGAGUUGAAUCACAAUUCGCAACAAACCACAUUGGUCAUUUUCUAUUGACUAAUCUGCUUCUGGACAAAAUGAAGAGUAGCUCCAAAGAAAGUGGAAUCGAAGGAAGGAUUGUGAAUCUGUCAUCUAUCGCUCAUACUUAUACUUACACCGAAGGCAUCAUGUUCGAUGGCAUCAACGACCCUGAUCGAUAUUCGGAUAAAAAAGCUUAUGGACAGUCAAAACUGGCAAACUUAUUGCACUCCAAUGCACUCUCUCGUAAACUACAGGAAGAAGGUGUGAACAUCACAAUAAACUCGGUACACCCAGGACUUGUCACCACUAAUCUCUUUCGUCACUCCGGUUUAGGAAUGUCGGUCUUCAAGGCUAUGAGUUUCUUCUUGUGGAAAAACAUACCUCAGGGAGCAGCAACGACAUGCUACGUGGCACUACAUCCUGAUUUAAAAGGCGUCACCGGGAAGUACUUCGCCGACUGUAACGUCACCACUCCAAGCGACUUCGCCACCGACAUUUCUCUCGCCGAUAAGCUUUGGGAUUUCAGUACCAAACUCAUCGAUUCUCUUCCAUAA